CUCUGAGUGUGACGUUCGCUCCUGUGCUGAGAAGAUCGCUAGCUUCCCGCCAAAUCGUGCGCUGUGUGACAGGCUGAGGAGCCGGGCCCGGGGCCCUGCUAGGUUGCCUGUUGUCUGAGAACUGUACAAGUUUACCAAAAUGGCUUCCCUUUGCCUGAGGGGCUCCAUUCGGAUCCACUGCCUGAAUAUGGGAACGUCAAAGUGGAAGGAAGGCAGUUGCGAAGUUGUGGAGAAAGAUAACAAAUACAGCCUCGUCGUGACUUUCAAUGCCGGUGGAGUGCCGGCCAAAUUUCAGCUCCAUCAGAACAUUAAAAAUGUUGUUUUGCGGCCAGCCGGAGUGAAACAAAGCAGGUUAUUGGUUACGCUGAAGGAUACCAGCUCACUCACGAUUGAUAAGGUUGCGAGCAAAGAUGCCGAGGAACUGAAACACUUUCUAGAGGCCCUCAGUCAUGAUAAGACUCCAACAGUAAAACCAGUUCAAGGAUCUGGAAGUUUCGGUGGCAUCCUGGGAAACAGAAGCGCCCAGCGAGACAGCAACAGACCUUUAACCAACCUCCAAAGUCAGACUCCUACUAAAAGAGUGAGCUUUGACACCAAGGAUGAAACGCCAGUAAAAAAGCAACUAACUAAUAACGGACGAACGCUGAAUGGUAUGACGCCCAAUCGGAGUGGAAAUUCACCUGUAACUUCAACUCCACACAGGACCAGCUUAACCGAGACCAGGAGUGAAAAAAGGAAGAGAAUACAGUCUCCGGGCUCUGACAUAGAAGAUUAUCCUAAAGAGAAUGAUUCAUCGACCACCAAUAAGGCCUUAACAGAUCCCGGACGCAAGUUCCUAAAUAGCAGCCGUGAGAAACAGCUGAACCUGAAGCAGACGGAAGAAAAUCGGCCAGGAUUAAUGCCAUUGCAGUCUUCAUCAUUUUACAGCAGCAGGUUGUCUUCAAAGGAUUAUUCCACAGGCAAUUCAGACAGGACAUCUGGAUGUGGCCAGCCUUCCGCUAAGAGAAGCUUAGUCCUCCCUUCUCAGCCCAGCCCUCUGUCUGUGAAGAAACUGCGACCCAAUCAGGACUACACAGGAUGGAACAAACCACGGGUUCUCUCCAACCACCCCCAGCCUCAACAACUACAAGGUUUUUCCAACCUGGGGAACACCUGUUACAUGAAUGCCAUCCUGCAGUCCCUGUUUUCUCUGCAGCCAUUUGCCAAUGAUCUGCUCAAGCAAGGUAUUCCAUACAAGAGGAUCCCAAUGAAUGCUUUAAUCAGACGCUUCGCCUUUCUGCUGGCCAAAAAGGACGUCUGCAGUGCGGAAAUGAAGAAAGAUCUGUUGAAGAAAGUCAAGAGUGCCAUCUCUGCCACAGCCGAGAGAUUUUCAGGCUACAUGCAGAAUGAUGCCCAUGAAUUUUUGAGCCAGUGCCUUGAUCAGCUGAAAGAAGACAUGGGGAAGCUGAACAAAACCUGGAAGUCAGAACUGUCCUCGGGAGAUGACGCCUCUGCAGUCAAAGCCACUGAAGACGUCGCUGCAACCCGUGUCUACACCUGUCCAGUCAUUAACAAUUUUGAAUUUGAGGCUCAGCACUCCAUCAGCUGUAAAAUGUGCGGUGAAAUUGUAAUAAAACGGGAACAGUUCAAUGAUCUCUCCAUUGACCUACCACGACGGAAAAAGUUAUUAGCCUCAAGGUCCAUACAGGAUUCCCUAGAUCUCUUUUUUAGGAUGGAAGAUCUCGAAUAUUCUUGUGAAAAGUGUAAUGGAAAGUCUGCAACUGUAAUACACAAGUUCAGCAGGUUGCCCAAGGUUUUGAUUCUUCACCUGAAGCGUUACAGUUUCAAUGUGACCCUAUCACUUAAUAACAAGGUUGGCCAGCAAGUGAUCAUCCCGCGAUAUCUUACCCUAUUAUCACAUUGUACAGAGUGCACACGGCCACCGCUGUCCCUGAGCUGUAACAUACAGACUGUAACGAGUUCACGUCCAUUGAAAGCCUCACAGAUGGUAAAUUCCUGCACAGCGAAUAGCGUUGUUUUAAGAAAGCAGCCCUUGAAAUCUGCAAGCAACACACCUGUUUGUCUGGACUCUGAAAGUGAUGACGAGCAUCUGAAGAGAUGUGUGGCCAGCACCCAAAGGCUGAGCACCAUUUUUCAGGGAAAGGAGCAGCAGACUGAAGACCAGAAACCAAAAGCACAAAGCCCCAAAUGCCCAGAGGUGGCUGACACAAGCUUCGAUGACAUGAAUGAUGAAGAUCUGAUGGCUGCCGUUAUUGAAAUUAGCAAAAAAGACAGUCCCAUGGGUCAAGAGGAGGAGAAACUUGCAAGCAGCCCAGACACAGGAUUUGGUGGCGAUGACGACCUGCAGGAAACUACUGCCACUAUGGAGGUGUCCGAAGAGCAGAAGUCGAAUGUGGCAAAAGAUUCAGGUGUGACCCAGUACAGUGACUUGGUCAAAGACUUUGAUGAGAAUAAAGAGAACAAGACUCCGGAGGGGGCUCAGAAUGAGGUGGAGUGGGUACAGUAUGAGCUGGAGAGAGAGCGAGAGGAGCAGGAGCUGCAGCAGGCCCUCGCGCAGUCUCUUCAAGAGCAGGAGGCUCGAGAGCUAAUGGAGGAUGAUGACCUAAAAAGAGCUACAGAACUGAGUUUACAAGAGUUUAAUAGCUCGAUGCUGGAUGGGAUAAUGUCAGAUGAGGAUUCUGGGAAUGAAGACGUUUUCGACAUGGAGUAUACGGAAGAAGAAACUGAGGAACUUAAGAGAAAUGCAGAGACAGGAGAACUUCCCCAUUCCUAUCGCCUUGUCAGUGUCGUUAGCCACAUUGGUAGUUCCUCCUCCUCUGGUCACUAUAUCAGCGAUGUGUGCGAUGUCAAAAAACAGGCCUGGUUUACAUAUAAUGAUUUGGCUGUAUCGAGGACACAGGAGAUCACCGUUCAGAGUGACCGAGACAGAAGCGGCUACAUAUUCUUUUAUAUGCACAAAGACAUUUUUGAUGAAGGUGUUGAAGAGGAGAAAAAGGCGCAGGUUACAACGGCUGAAGCAAACAGGUCAUCCAGACCUCUGUGACGACUCUGAAGUAGAGGACUGUACAUUUGCACUGGACUGCGAUCUGAGGUGCGCACAGCCC